AUGGAAACUGCGGCCGUUGGCAAGCGAUUUGCUUUGAUGUUAGUCAGGAUGAUCGCCAAGGUCCUCUCCGGCAGCCGUCGCUCAUACUCAUACUUGUCAGUGAACCAGAAGUGCCCGCCUACCAGUACCAAAGCGCCGCGCCUGGGUGGCUGCCACCUUUUCGACCACAUUGGCGAUCCAAACGGCGCUGAAGGGUUGGAGCUCGAAGAUGAUCCUGAGCAUCCAGAUGAUCAAGAUGCUGUGGCUGGGCUGCCAGAUGACGACGACCCUGCACCCAUUGAACGCCUGUCGCGUUCACCAUCUCCUCAUCUGCAUGAUGUAUCAGGUGUUGCGGCGCCCAUUAUCGAGACUCACAUCGAGCAUCUGCCUGAUAACCUGCAAGCAAAGAAGCCGACGAGGGCCCGAACUGUGCCUGCACGCAAUCGCGCCUCCCCAGACAGUGGCCCUCGGUAUCAUAUGCAAAUGCCUGAAGUCUUCACAACGCAACUAGCAGAAAGAUCCAAAUGUGAGGAAGAACAAUGUCAGCGCCAUGCUGACGAGAUUGAGGCGCAUAAUCGUGCACGGUACCAUACAGUUGUGUAUUCCUGGGUAAAGGAUGGUGGUCAGCCCAACGUGUUCGAGUUCCAGUCGGGCACAUCAUCAUUUACUUGGCCCCACUUAUCACUAAACCACCAAGUUAUAUCCCUGAUGGGACUGGCUGCUGCUGGUGUUGAUGAAGGG